AAUAGAUAGGUACAUUUGACAUCAUCAGAAAUCACAAAUUCUGUAACAUUCACAAUUUUUUGUAUUUACUAAACAUCUUUAAUUCUCUAAAUACAUAAUUAAUUUGAUUUAAUUUAAAAUGCAAUCUAGUUUAAAAGAUGAAAUUAGACAGGAAAUUUUAAAUGACCUCAAUCUUAAGCUUGGGGGUGAUAUCACAAAUUUAGCUGGCGCGUAUGAAGUAGAAAUUGAAUUAUCUAGACGUAAAAAGAGUCUUGAAACCUCAUUAAAUGCGGCAAACGAUAAUGUGCCAUCAAAACUUUCAUCGGUCAUUUCAAAGGCUGAACUGAAUUCAAAGCAAGUGGAAAAACUAAAGAUAAAAUGUGAAGAGUUCAAUAAAAAAGCUGAAGAUUUCUUAGAAAGAACGCAACCUGUAAGAGCUGUGUUAGAUAAAAGAUUCACAGCUAUAGCACAAUUAGAAAUGGUUUUGGAAUAUUUUAAAUCAUAUGUCCGAGUUCAGGAUUUGAGCCAACAGAUGAAAACUUGCAAAGAUGAUGAGCAAUUAGUUGUAAUGUACAUUGAAAUGAAGAGAAUGUGUCUUGAGAAUCAAAACUCUCAUCAGGCUACAUAUUUCAAAGAGUAUACUCAUUACUGGCAUAACAUCCUGAAGGAAAAUUUAGUAAAGAAUUAUGAAGAUAUUUUAAAGGUUAUCAAAUGGCCAUUUCCUACAGGAAGAGAUAAAUCUUCACCUCAAAAAGAGGUUUUAAAUAAGUUUAACACAAUGACAAAAAAUUUGUUUCUCAUACAAGAACCUGAAGAGGAAAUGAGUAAAGUGUUUGUAUCUGGAGAUUUAUCUGCGGUUCAAAACGUAUCAUUACCAGUAAAAGUUCUACUUCGACCUCUGAAAAAGAGAUUCUUGUUUCAUUUUACUGGCUCACGGCAAACGGCGAGAAUUGACCGACCCGAAUGGUUUUUGACACAGACUCUCACUUGGAUCAAAGAUCAUCAAGCAUUUAUACAAAACAAUGUGCAGCCUAUUGCUGAUAAAUUGGAACUUCAAAAUGUUAAUGUAAUUGAUGAAUUCAAUGAAGGAUUAGUAGCUUUAGCAGCUGAAAGACUGCACACAGUACUAGGGCUUUAUCAUAAUCAAACAGCUAAAGGAGAUAUCGUGGAUGUGGACGCGGCAUUCGCUCAUGCCGUUGAUGAAACAUUAGGAUUCCAUAAGGAGUUAAUGGAAGUGACUGGCUACGAGUCGAAUAGUGUGCUCUCCGUCCUCACCAAAGCAGAAACGUUUGUGAGGUGGCUGGCUGUGGAAAAAAAAUAUGCUUUGUCCAAAAUGGACGAGAUGUUGGACAAUGAGCAGUGGAUAGAGCCACUGGGUAGCGGAGUGUGUGCGGCUGUUGGCUCACUCCUGUGGGUGCCGCGGGGCUCCGACUGGUUCGUGGCACUGCUGAAGACCAUCGAGGAACGAUACGCCAUACUGCCUCAACCGGGACAUCGAAUACAGUUUCUGGAACUCCAACUGGAGUUGAUCGAGGAGUGGCGCGUUCGUCUGACGCAGAUUAUGAGCGCCACGGUGGCGUCGCUGUCUGCCGAGUCGUUCCUUACGUCCGGCCCGCACCCGCUGACGGCCGUUAUCAACACGGCGCAGUACAUACGCACUGUGCUGUUACAGUGGGCGCACUCCUUGCACUACCUUCAAUUAUAUUACUACAAGCGCCAGUUCCAACAGUUCACGCAGCAACAGCACCGUGAUCCAGUCAAGAGCGAAUCCUCAACGAGCUUGGAAUACGACACCGAACAUGGUUCGAAACAGUCUAUAGAUGACACUGAAAACGAUACAACGUUAAGUUUGGAAGAAGUUGAAAGUCGAGCAAAACAUUUGGCGAUAAAAGAAGUUACUAGAAGAAAUUCCAUGGUUACAAGUCAAUUUGAUACCCCAGCAAGUCCAACGGCGACCACCACAGCCGGUGAACCGGUUGAGGAGGACUCGGAUGAAGACGCCGGUGUCUUCGAGGAUGCACCAGCGCUGUUCUACCACCUGCGGCAGGCUGGUCUUACCUCGAUUAUACAGUUCAUGCUCAUCGAGUUCCGGGAAGAGCUGCGGGAAUACAGGAACCUGAAAUGGCACGCGAUGCUAAUAGUAGAAGAGCGAGCGCUCUCUGUAUCGAGUGCUCUGUGCAAACCUCUGUCGGGGCUGUGCGCUCGACUGGUCACAGUUUCGGAAACUCUAGCGCCCGCUACCGCACACUUUCUCAGGACGGAACUGGCGUUGCAUCUUGACGACUGUGUGUUUAAGGAUGUCGUCUUAAGUAACUGGUUUAACACGGGUGGAACUAUUCAACUGACGCACGAUAUCCAGCGGAAUAUAGUGCCGGCACUUGCCUCUAUUGGCAAGAGACCGGCUGAUAUUAGUUCAGUGCCCAAGCUCGCAGAAUCCUGUACGCUGUUGAAUCUUGAGUACGAAGACGCGCGCCGCAUUCGAACCGGUCUGAAGAAGAACAAUCCCGACACAAUAUCCACCAUUCGCAGCAAGGGCAUAACCACUAUCACAAUUGCUGAAGCUCUGCAGAUCCUCAACCAGCGGACGGAUCUCGUUGACGCUUCUUCACCCACGUCCGUCAUGGAGCUAUUCUAAAUAUUCGACAAACCUUGGGCAUUGGGUAUUACUGCCGUAGAUCUUCAUUCUAUCCGUGAACGUUAUCAAGAUCAUUUCAUCAUGCAGAGAAUACCAGGUGGAGUAUAUAUAUAAUAUAUAUAAAUUACGUGACCAGUUGUUUGUCCCCGAUGGACUCCUAAACUAAUGAAAGGAUUUUUAUGGGGAUUACUUCAUGGAGUGCAGUUUGGUCCAACUUGAGAGAUUUUAGAGAGUUUUUAUUUCGAUUUGGGACCCAUAAUUAUUUUUAUUACCAAUAUUUGUUUUGUAUGGACAUAUUUUCUAUGAGAUAAUUUAGUGACGCAUGGUUUGACAGUUCAGACACGGAGCAUUUUUUACGAAAUAAUUAUUGCUGUUUUGAAAUAUUAUCGGCAAAUUCCUACUAAACAGUAUUUUUAUUAUUAUCUACAGAACAACGUCUGUCAGAUCAGCUAGUAUAUAUAUUUAUAUAUACUCCGCCUGGUAUAUAGUUUACCUAGUUUUAAAGUUAAAUUAAAGAAAUUUAUUUUUGAGCACCAAACAAAGAGGAACUGUUGCCUAUAGACACGAGUGCAAUAUAGUUUGCUUGUUGAAAUUUUUGUAUGUAUAAUAUCUUAAACUAUAGUUACAUGAGGUAAGGUUAACGAAAAAAGUAUUGACCUGCUACCUAAGAUAUAACGUGUAAGAAGUGUAAUUAGAAAGGCGUGCGCUACUUAUGGCGUUCGUGUGUGGCGUCAUUUAGUCGUCCCACUGGACGAUCAGCGCUGUUUGCGACUGUAAUCAGCAUUAUGCUGAAGUGUGGCCAAUUUGUGACAAAACACACCAAUUUUUAAUUUGUUUUGUAUAUAUGUUUUUUCUAUUAUAUAAUGUAAAUAUUGUGUUUGUUACAAAUAAAUAUAUUUCUUUCUUUCUAUUAUUGUUGUUCCUUCUCGGGAAUGUAUAAAUAAAUACUUCAAAACUGUAUUGAAUCUAGUGUAUAUUAAAUGACUUUUACAAAUAUGACUUAAGUGCCGCGGCCUAUAGGUUUCUUAUGCGUGUGCGACGGUUGACCGUCUAUGGCAAACAGAAUGGUGGGGACAGGAGGAUUCGCUCUCGCGCCUCACCCGAGGCACUAGUGAUGUGCCGCACCACUAGUGAUGUUACAACGCAACAAUUGUUAUACCAUGGAUAUCACUUUGGCAUAUCGAAUUCCAAUCCAUCAAGAAAUGACAAAGUUAUUAAAGUUUUGAAAUGAACUGCUUACUUAAGAAAGUGUGAGUAAGUCUAACAUAAAAAAGAAGCACUUAAUCUCAUGUCACUUAAGUUAGAACCUAUUUUGUAUUAUAUUAUUAUUUGUGUUAUAUAUUUGUCUCAGCUUAAGCAAUUUAAAAACAUAUGUGUAAACUUGUAAUUAGCAUUUAUUAAUCUAUUUGUUGUGUGAAAUUUUGUAAAAAUGGCUGUAAGUUUCCCAAAUAAAAUAAAAUGAAAUGAACGCUAGUUCGGGUGGAAUAUGGGGUGACUUCAUGUGCCCACCGCUCCUUGAACAUUACGCGGUGGCGUCGAAUGCGGCACUAAAAUCGCUAAUAUUUCGUAAUUAUUUAUACAAUUUUCUUAUUUCAAUCUAUUUAUUUCUUUUCAAUCCCUUCAUGCCCAAAGAGAAAUUCUUUGAACAGACAGCCACAUUCUUAUUGCACAAUGCGUGGUAUCAGAUUGUUCCACACUACCAGAACGUCAAUAUUAAAAUAAAUAUUUUUUUCAUUAAUACUUACUUUAUUUGUAUAUAAUCAGUAAUGGAUGAUAUUAGGUUACUACUAGGACUAACUGUUUCAGAAUCUUUUAGAGGAUUCAUAGUAUGGGUGUAGAUAAAGUCUUGAUAGAACUGUUGAUAAUUAGUUAUUAAAACACUCAUGUGAUACUAUUAUCACACUCGGCUUCGCCUCGUGAGAUAAAGCCACAUUUGUGUUUUAAUACCCCUUAUACCCCCCAGUUGCAUAAAUAACUAUUAGUGUGCGUGACAAGCUACGUAUUACACUCGCGUUUUGUGUCACUUUGUGGUAGUGUGCGUGCAUUGCUCAAAAUAGAGGUUCACAUUCAACCUUAAUUUGUUCGACAAUUCCACAGCUGUCACAGUCUAUGUAGACGUGCAAAUGAUGUAAGAUUUUAUUAUAUAAACUCGCUAAUAAUAAUUGUAUCUCUAUACGUUGUAAGGAAUAAUGGUUUGUAGAAUCUGUGACCACAAGAAAGAUAUUAAAAAAUAAAAUGUGA